AUGGAUUCUGAAGGGCUAUCCGCAGAUGAGAAGGAGUUUUUAGAAAAAUGUGAGGCAGAGUUCAAAGAUCGAUUUACAGAGCGUGAUGAGGAGUACAUGAAGGUUGUUAAUAGAGAUCCUCCUACACCACCAAUCUUAGAAAAUUGGUUGUCAUCCAACAGUUCAGGUCGAAGGCAUGAUCGCCGGUAUAACAACAGGCACAAUACUUACGAUCGUUAUGGUAACAGAGAUAGACGAGCCCGAGGUGACUACAACAGACAUGGCAGAAGCCAAUAUGACAACAGAGGCUAUAAUGACUAUCAUAACAGUGACGGCUACCAUUCAAGAUAUUAA